UAAUUGGUUUCUCACAUUCAUUGUGUUUGCCUUAUCUCUUCCAUUCUUCUCUUUGCUUCUAACUGCUUUCCCAAUUGGGCUAAGCUCUUAAGUUGCAGAAAAGAAAAAAUCGUUUUCCUUACUAAAAAAAGUCAUUUUUUAUAUUCUGUCCUUAAAAUCAUAAGCAGUUUAAAGCUUUUUACUUUCUGCCUUAUUGCUAUUUUUCUCAGUCCAAUUUCAAUAUCUAAAGUGUUGUUCAUUGGUUUGAGAUCUUACAAGUGGUUCUAAAUUUGAAGAAUUUUCUCUCAUUUUUUAUCAAGUGGGUUUUCUCUAGAUUCUUCAAGAUUUAAGAGUUUUCUCAAUCAUAAAAAAGUGAUUCUGAUUCCCUUCAAAUUAUUCUUGUGAUUGAUUUAUCCUUCAUAUUAUUCUUGUCAAAAUUUGCUAUCAUUUUUUCUUCUCUGCUCUAUCUCACUCUGUUUUCCUCUGUUUUCCUCUGUUUUACUCUGUUUUCCUCUGUUUUUCCCAUAAAGUUUCAGUGUUUUGGUGAAUUUCUUUGGCCUAGAACCAUUAAAAAGUUGAAUUGGCUUAAAUUUGAUUUUGAUUAGAUGAAGUGGGAAAUGGAAAUCCUGACUCCUACAUCAUACACUCCAAAUUCCAAUUGGUGCAUGGAAGAAACCAGAACCACAAACUGGACUCAUGAAGAGAACAAGCUAUUCGAAAAUGCUCUUGCAAUUUACGACAAAGAUACUCCAGAUCGGUGGCAUAAAGUCGCGGAAAUGAUACCCGGGAAAACAGCUGGUGAUGUUAUGAAACAGUACAAGGAAUUGGAGGAUGAUGUUUGUAACAUAGAAGCUGGUUUGAUACCAGUUCCUGGUUAUAGUACUCCUACUUCACCUUUUACCUUAGAUUGGGUGAGUAGUUCGGGUUAUGAUGUUUCGAAAGGAAAUGGAAAGAGAUCUUCUUUAGUUAGAGGUUCUGAGCAUGAAAGGAAGAAAGGUGUGCCAUGGACUGAAGAAGAACACAAAUUAUUUCUACUUGGUCUAAAGAAAUAUGGCAAGGGUGAUUGGAGAAAUAUUUCGCGCAAUUUCGUUGUCACUAGGACUCCAACUCAAGUGGCAAGCCAUGCUCAGAAGUAUUUCAUAAGACAACUUUCAGGAGGCAAAGACAAGAGAAGGGCUAGCAUUCAUGACAUAACAACGGUUAAUCUCAGCGAAAAAAUUGGAUCUUGUUCUUCGGAAGACACCAACGAUAGGUCCACUUCGCCGCAGAGUUCCAUGUUACUCUCCCACCAACAACAUCAACAGCAAUCAAGUUCUAGUACAAAUUUUCUUUGGAGGAAUGAUCAGCAAAAUGCAAUGGUUUUCAAUCCAGCUCUUGAACAAGUCUUCAUGCCUCCUCAUGGUGUUAACUCCUAUGAGAUCAAAAUGGAAGAGGGUUUCGUUCAUGAGUCUUCUUAUCCACAUAACAUGGUUUUCCAAAUGCAACAUCCAUCUCAACAUUAUUCACAUGCAUAAAGAAGGAUCAUUGUAGUGAGUUAUUAAACUCAAAAGUGCUUAGAGUGUCUAUGAGUUUUCCCAAGGUCUAUGUGAAUAUCUUAUGCAAGAAAGACAAGAUCUGAAAAUGACAGUGGAUUGAGAGAGGAAAGGUUUCGCGGAAGGUGGUGAAUCAUUUGGAGUUGCACCUGCAUGCAUUUUAACACGCAAGUCAGUAUAAUAAUUGAGGUGAGUUAGAAGCCGAGAAUAACACAUAUCUUGCUUGAUAGGUCAUGACGUAAGAUUUAUAUAGUUCGGUGGAGACAAUAUCGGACUUGAGUCAAUGCAAAAAAACACUCUAUAACAUCUUACGUUAGAGUUUUGGUUAAUUCUCGGCAUAUCAAAUUGAAGGAAGUUACAAAUUUGUUUCUAUGUAACAAAUAAAACCUCAUGAAAGGAGAAAGCCUCAAUGCUAAUAAGUCCCUAAUAUGUUGAUUUUUGGAUUU